CCAUCUUGCUUCGGAUUGUAUAUUACUGUCACAAUCGAAGUAGACAAGCUUUAUCUCAUAAUCCUAUUCCACAUAACAAAACUAAGCGAGUGAUCAGUUAAUGUAAUGGUUUAGCACUUUGUUUCUUAAAUAAAUAGUUGAAAGUUCAACUCUUAAUUCUUGCGAAUGAAAAAAAAAAAAAAAACCUUAUUAGGCAGUCUUCUACCACUUAACACGCUGACAAUAUAAGUCAAUGAUCAGUUUCACAACUAUCGAUUAUUAGUACCUUACCUUGGUUAACACCUAAAAACUAAACUAAGAACAUGGAACUCAGACUUCCCUCCAAAAUUUUAACUAGAAAACGAUUGUAAAAGUGAACAAGGUACCUAACUAUGCAUGGAGACGAAAACCACAACACCUUACGAUGAUUUCAUCUGUGUCGAGAAUCACUCGUGCUCGUGCAGCAUCUCCUCAUGGAAAACGUGGAAACUCAUCGACGGCGACCAAAACCGCGAACCUCGCGAGCAUGUUCGGGAAAUACGUCGACAAAACCAGCGUCUCUAGUUGGAACUCCGUCAUCGCCGACCUCGCCCGCAGCGGCGACUCCGUCGAGGCUCUCAGCGCCUUCUCCUCCAUGCGCAAGCUCUCUCUUCACCCCAACCGUUCCACAUUCCCCUGCACCAUUAAAUCAUGCUCUGCACUCUCCGACCUCCGCGCUGGAGUGCAAACCCACCAGCAAGCUUUUGUGUUUGGCUUUGAAUUGGACGUGUUCGUUUCGUCUGCUCUGGUGGACAUGUAUGCGAAGUGUGGCCACUUGGAAGAUGCGCGGAAGCUGUUCGAUGAAAUUCCUGAAAGAAAUGUUGUUUCCUGGACCUCCAUGAUUUCUGGCUGUGUGCAAAAUGAUCGUGCCCGCGAAGCCGUUUGUGUAUUCAAGGAGCUGUUGGUUGAGGAGAGUUGGGGUAUGGGGUGCGCGGAGGGUGUUUUGGUGGAUUCGGUUCUUGUGGGGUGUGUUAUUUCCGCGUGUUCUCGAGUGUGCUCCAAGGGUUUGACUGAAGGGGUUCAUGGCUUUGUGAUCAAGAGGGGGUUUGAGGGGUGGUUGGUGGUUGGGAACACUUUGAUGGAUGCUUAUGCUAAGUGUGGGGAGAUGGGUGCGUCUAGGAAGGUUUUUGAUGGGAUGGAGGAGAAUGAUGCUUGUUCUUGGAACUCUCUGAUUGCUGAAUAUGCACAAAAUGGAUUAUCAGCAGAAGCUUUCAGUGUUUUUAGUGAUAUGGUGAAGAGCAGCAAGGUUAGAUAUAAUGGUGUCACAUUAUCUACGGUGUUGUUAGCCUGUGCAAAUUCAGGAGCUCUGCAGAUAGGGAAGUGCAUACAUGAUCAGGUUAUAAGGAUGGAAUUGGAGGACAAUUUGUUUGUGGGUACUUCUAUAGUUGAUAUGUACUGCAAAUGUGGGAGAGUGGAGAUGGCUAGGAAGGCAUUUGAUCGCAUGAAAGAGAAGAAUGUAAAGUCAUGGACUGCUAUGGUGGCUGGUUAUGGAAUGCAUGGCCGUGCAAAAGAUGCUAUGGAAAUCUUCUACAAGAUGAUAAGAUCCGGAGUCAGACCGAAUUACAUUACUUUUGUGUCGGUUUUGGCUGCUUGCAGCCAUGCUGGUCUGUUGAAAGAAGGCUGGCACUGGUUUAAUAGAAUGAAGUGUGAAUUUAAUGUUGAACCUGGGAUUGAGCAUUAUUCAUGCAUGGUUGAUCUCCUUGGGCGUGCUGGCUAUCUUAAUGACGCUUAUAGUUUGAUCCAGAAAAUGAAUGUGAGACCUGAUUUUAUAGUGUGGGGAUCUCUUCUUGGGGCUUGCAGGAUGCAUAAAAACUUGGAACUUGGGGAGAUGGCUGCAAAAAAACUAUUCGAGUUAGAUCCAAGUAACUGCGGGUAUUAUGUUCUACUCUCCAAUAUUUAUGCUGAUGCUGGAAGGUGGAAUGAUGUUGAGAGGAUGAGAAUAUUGAUGAAGAGUAAGGGAAUGCUCAAAACCCCUGGGUUCAGCAUAGUUGAACUUAAAGGUAGGAUACAUGUAUUUUUAGUUGGAGACAAAGAGCAUCCUCAGCAUGAGAAGAUUUAUGAGUAUUGGGACAAAUUAAAUGUCAGGCUGCAAGAACUUGGAUAUAUGCCAAAUGUAACAUCGGUGCUUCAUGACGUUGAUGAGGAAGAGAAAGGAAUGAUUCUAAGAGUUCAUAGUGAGAAACUAGCCGUGGCCUUUGGGAUCAUGAAUUCAGUUCCUGGGUCAAUAAUCCAGAUCAUAAAAAAUCUUAGGAUUUGUGGUGACUGCCACAUUGCAAUUAAAUUAAUUUCCAAAAUAGUAAAUAGAGAAAUCGUUAUCAGAGAUUCAAAGCGAUUUCAUCAUUUCAAGGAUGGGUUGUGUUCGUGUGGAGACUAUUGGUGACAGUUACUGAGAGAAAAAGGAUCAGAAAUCAGAAUCUGUGUUGAAUGAUUGAUCCAGUUAUCUCGAUAU